AUGAGUACCGAACCACCAUCACAAUCUCCAACAAUUGCAAAGAGCAAGGGAAAAGCUUCCCAAAACUCCCAACCCUCACAGGUUUUAAAGGCACAUUGGGACACAAAAUCCACUGAAAGUUUUGUCAAACUUUGUGUCGAGCAAGUGAAAGAAGGUCACAGACCUAGUAUGCACUUAGAUAGGGUUGGUUGGGAAGCAAUUAUUAACAAAUUCAAAAUUACAACUGGAAAGUCAUAUGUUCUCCUUCAGCUUAAAAAUCGUUCGGAUACCUUAAAAAAGGAGUGGGGUCUUUGGAAAAAUCUGUUGAGAGGUGAGACUGGGCUGGGGUUAGAUCUCUUGACUGGAGCUAUCAUGACAUCUGAUGAUUGGUGGAAUUUGAAGCUGCAGAGGCAUCCUGAUGUGGCCAAAUUUCAUGAGAAGCCAUUGACAUUGGCCGAUGACAUGGACAAACUAUUCUCUGAUAUUUCUGCAACUAGUGAGUGGCAUACACCCCAAGCUCUAGAGUGUUUCUUGACACUGAGGGAUCUCACACCCCACUUGGUGAUGAUACUAAUACAGAAAUCCAUCCAUCUGAAUUAA